GGCAAGUAAAACUUGCUGCCGUGUUUGAAUUGAGCGGUCUGCACAAAGGUGACAUUGUGUCAUUUGCACUCAUGUCUAAAGAGUUCCUGAAUACAACAGACAUUUCUGAUACCUUUGCUGGUGUUCCAAGAAAACAGAAAUUUGUAACAAAUCCAACACCUUCGGCCGUUACCAGAUAUGUAUGCAUUUCAAAAGAAGCAGAUGGUUCAUCCCAUUCUCAACCCUUGGCAUUCUGGGAGAGUGUGAGAAAUAAUGAUCCAGUAGUUACUCAGCAUGUGUGCACUUUUGAAGAAUCGGGAAGUGAUGUUAGUUCAUCAGUCGCAUCCACCAAUGUGGUGCUGAAAAAACAUGUUGCAGUCAUUCCAGCAGAUGCAAUACCAGCAUUUCCUGGUUUUUGUUCUGCUGAGCGUCUUAAUCAGAAACGAUACAGCCAGCAUGAACAUGUUUCUCACAAACAGCAUCCACCAGCACGCAUCAAGUCAUGCCGAGAACAGCAGAAAUCCACAAGGAUAACUCCACACACAUGGCGUGAGCAGGUACAGAUCAUAAAGAAGGAAGAUGCUAUUGCUGCGGCAGGAGGAGUGAAUAGCACUGUAACUGUCUCAGCUGUUAAGUUGAAAGACAAUGUAGGUUCAUCUGUCAUCACUAAGUCAGUCGUUUCUGAAGCAGAAGCUCAAAGUACUUUAACUGAAUGUAUCAGUGCUACUAAUCCAGGUGACAUAAUUAUUGAGAAAAAUAUUAUUACCAGUCAAAGAAAUGACAAAGAAUUUCAUGAAUUAGACCGUGGUGAUCUUGAUGUAAAUGAGCCAGAGGUUUUAAGUGCUGAUGGAAACAAUGCUGGAAAUGAAAAAUUGGCAACAAAUAUUAAAGUGAAAGGUGUUGGCUCCAUGCAAAGAGCUUCAACUGAAGUCAGUGAUCAGAAAAAUGCAGAUUCUGAGAAAAAAUGCACUUCAGAUACUCCAAAAAGAAAGUUAUUUCAUAAUCAAAAUAAAACUAGGGAAUAUAUACUCCAACAGAAACAAAAACGAAAAGAAAGAUUUGCCACUGAACAAAGAAAAAAGAACAUGGAGGAUGAAAUGAAGAAAGUUAAGCUUCAAACGCUGAGGGAAAAAUCCCGAAGAAUUGUUAAAACAAAUGUUAAGAAAUCGUUAUCUAAGAAAAGAAGUCCAGAAAAAAUAAAUAAUUUGGGCCCAGCCACUACUAUUGAUCAUAAUGGGGAAGAAGAUGACUUACAGACACCUGAUGUUGCUAUUACUGUGAAAAGUGUUACUCAGAAAUCAGUUUCAGUAACGAAAUAUAAAGUUACUGAGUCCAUACCCUCAAGAGAUCGUCUGUCAGCUGAACGUGAUAAUGACAUAGAUAUGGCACACAAUUCUUCUCUGUCUGACAGCAAUGGAGGAAAAUCCAACAAGAGUAGCAGUGUGGAUCGAGAAUUGCAAGGAGACCAGCAGAUAAGAAAUGAACUUGAUUUGAAGAUACGUGCAGUAGCAAAAGCACUCAGUGCAGAACUAGAAUCCAACAUUUUGCAUUCUAGCUAUGACCUAACAGACAAGAUGACCGAUGAUAGGAACCCUCUGUCACUACAGCGUCCAUUGUAUAGACUUCGUGACACUGUAUGCAAUAGGCAGCCAGUUACUCAUAAUAUGGAAAAUAGCAGAGUGGUGAACACAGACAGAGCAAUAAUAAAUAUCAGUGAUUCACCUCCAACCAAACUUAAACGCUAUGAUCAUAGAAAGCAAAUGAAGUCAUUGGAAAAGAAAAUGGAGUUAGCGAAUCACACAAUCAAUAUGCUCAGAGAAAACAAUAUUAUUAAAUCUGUUGAACGGUCUACCAGAGAACAGGCAGGAAGUGUCAAGGGACCUGAGAAAAUCCUAAAGGAAAACUCUGUUGAAUCGGAGAAAAAAUCUAGGCAAAAGACUGUGAACAGUCCACAGCAGUAUUUUUCCAAGAGAAGCGCUUUUCCUUUUUGCCCUGAGCAGCAUUCUGAAACAACUGAAAAAAGUAGAAAAUUGCUUAAGAAACGAAGAAGUGCCGAUAAAACAAACCACGUUCAAAAUCACUUAGGUACUUCGACACAAACAGUGUUAAACCAUGUUCCACAAAUAAGCAUGAAAUACUCACCACCAUCACCACCUCAUAUUUCAGAAUCCGGUAUUAUUGGAAAGAGAGAGACUGUACAACCCCAAGUGCGCAAACAUUUGGAUGAAGUAAUUAAUUUGAAUUGUCUACCCUCAUCAUUCACCAACAAUUUGCAGACAAUAGAAAGAAAUACUCAUGUUACCCCUGUGGAACAAAAAAAAUACCCAGAACGUAGGCAUGAACUUGUUAAAAAUAGACAAAAUGCAGAUGAUGAUUAUAACAAAAGUUCAGAUAGAAAAUCACAGCUGCAGACUGAUAUGGUCACUACUCACUCAGAUCCAGUGAAAGAUUGUGAAAUUAAGGUACAAACUAAAGCGAAAUUGAAGAAAUUGUUGAUGCAACAAGAAUUUGAAAAAGACCAAUAUGCAGCAAAUUCUCCAUUAACAUGUGAUGUCACAACCAGAUCUUCAGGUGCUGCUGCGGAGCUAUUCAAGCGUGCAGUUGAACAUGAAAAGAGAGAGAGAGCUGCUACCCGAAUUCAAGCAUUGUAUCGUGGACAUAGCACUAGAAAAAUUACAGGUUCACUCUUGAUUGGUACCAAGUCAAAGGGUGAUGUCCAGCAAUCACAGCUACAGGAAGAACAACAUCAUAACAGCACAAAGAAAGAGUCCUGGUUCAAAGAAGAUCUUAGUGGAAGAAAAUUGAAUACUGGUGAACCAACAGAUUGGCUUGAACUAGAGCCUGUCAAACCAUGUCCGUACAAUGUCAUGACAGCUGUUAGGCAAAAACUUUUAGCCCUUAAAGUCUCGGAUGCCAAUGUUGAAACAAAAACUGCAAACAUUUGCACAGAUCGGACAUCGGCAGGUGAUAAAAGUGGUAUUGAAGAGAAUAAUAAGAGUACUCUAGAUCAAAACAAAGAAGUGUGUACUUCAGGCUUCUGGGUGGAAGAGAAUGCAAUUGUACAAACAAAUACUGUUGUCCCUGCCACAGAAAAUAAGAAAAAAGUGCAGGCAGCACAACUAUGUAGUUCAAAGGAGAAUUCCUUAUCUAAUGCAGAAGGAAGAUCAGGUAAUAGAAAGACAAGUGGAUCAGAUACAAGCUAUGUCUUUUCUGAAGAAGCAGGUUGGAUUGAAAAUGAAGAGCCAGAGCAAAAAGAAAUUGGAUCUUUACACCUCAGUACAGUAAAUAAAACCAAUAUUAGACAGCAUUCUAGGAACCAGGGUAAGACACGUGAAUCCUCAGCCAAAUCAUCAAUAGUAGGUAGUGAUAAAGAACACUCACUGACAUGCAACCUUAAAAAUAACAGUGAAAGUUUAUCAUUACCAGAUGUGCAUCUUGUUAGAAAGCGUAGAAGUUCAGAAAAUGAAACAGUUUCUAUCCCUUCUAAUUCCAAAGAGCCGUAUUUAUCUGGUGUGAAGGAAAGGGAGAGUUCACUGCCAACAAGCAAGGCAGAUUGGAUAGAAGCAUCAGUACAUUUGUCAUCUACUCAAACAUCAUUUCCCUCUGAAACAAGUAAUAGGACAAAGAAUAAUGAAAGUGAAACACAUUACAAGAAAAACAUAACGGAGACAAAAUCAGAUUGUAAUGCAAAAAACAGCAACUACUCUAAGGAGACAAUGUCGAGCAUACACAUCUCUGAUGGAGGUCAUGCAGAAAAGUCAUCCAUACAGUGCACUGGAACUCCGCCUGAAACUGAAACCAAGAAGACAGUGUCUUCUCGUUCUGGCAGUUCUGCAAAUUGGAGCCGCAGCAGACACAAAUUUCACAAAGUAUUGGAAUCAGGAAAAAUGAUGCCACCAGAAGCUUUGCAUUUGCAAUUCCAAGCAGAAAUAAAUCUACUAGAGUCACUUGAAGAAUCUAGGCUACGACUAGCUCAAAUAGAGGGGCUACAUGCUCUUUCUUUAAUACAGCAUCAGAACUGUCCUGUAACUACACGACAAAAGGAUGAACGAGAGCAGCAGGUUCGUGUUACAUCAGAUCAUCAGCAACAGUCUGCCCCAAAACAGGAUAAGAUUGAUGACUUUGAAAAAAACAGAAGAGAAUUCAAUGCAUUUAUUGAAUCCAUACGAAAAUAUGGUACAUUGCAUGGUGUUGACCCAGAGGUCAUUGAUUGGCUUACAUUUUCAGAUGUGUCAAGUCCAGUGAAGGAGUCAAACACUGAAGUUAGAUUUGGGAAACAAGAAAAGGAAUUAUUCCAAACAGAGAAAAAUGUACUGAACAACUCUGAAAAUAAUUCUUUUGGAGAAAAUAGAGAUAUGCAAAAUUUAAAGUAUUCAUACGACUCUUCCUUCACUUCUGUGAGUGAGGACAUUUCAGGCCAAACAAAUAGUACAAAAAGCAAACAUUCAAAACUCAAUUCACUAAGUGAGAGCACUGUUACGAAAACAUUAGAUGCAGCUCUUAAAAAAGGACAAAUUUCCAUAGCAGUUUAUUGUAAGUAUGCAAAGUUGAUCCAGGAAGAAGCAAUGCGUGCACAUGAGCAGGACAUUCUUCUGGACACAACAGAGCAGGCACUCCUUGAUCGAUUCAAGACUGACAUGAUGUCACUUGAAACAAACAAAAGACAGCUGAAGCAGUGUGGCAAAGAAAACCUCGUCCCAUCUGUUAAAAAAAAGCAGCGAGCCCUUGUUCUGAAACUCGAGCAUGACAGAGAAGAGAUAAAAAGGUUGCGAAAUAUGUACAUGGAAGCAUCUAAGGAAUGGAGAAAUCUGCUCUUGCAACACCUAAAUCUUGCCAGAUGUAAUGUGACAGACAACAAAACCUUGGCAACAACGCUACAAGAAAGAGCACUGACAACAGCAACAAGCAUCGACACAGAGCCAAGAAACUCCAUGAACUCAGAAACAAAGAAAUCUGUUGUUCACAGUACUUCACCUGUGCAGGCAGAAGUCUCUUCAAGCAUACAAACAGAACUGUCACAACAUUCAGCUCAAAGUACAAGAUCAGUGGGUUCAGGCUCCUGGAGUUCCAACCAAAAGAAAGAAAAUUCUCUAGUUCAAAGCAGUGUAGAUGUUUGUACAGAUUUAACAAAAACUGAAACAGCUGCUCAGACAAAUUCAGCUGAAAGUAGACACAGCCUUCUUCCAAGCAAGAGAUUAUGGUCUCAUGAUGAAAUAUCCAACUGGGAACAGUCACCAGGUGAAGAUAAAACUAGAGUAAGGCCAUUCAGAUAUCACAGAGAUCACAGUAUUUCCCCAAUGAGAGUGCUGAAAACUGAGAAGCAGAACAUAAAUCUGAGUGGAAGUGCUGAUUUUCUCCACAUGGAAAAUAAUUCUGCAACCACUUGCUUUGAUAGAGACUUUAUUUCAGGGAAAAACAGUUCUUCUGCGAGGGCAGUGCCAGUCAAAGGAAGCAACAACAAAAGCAGUUCUGCUUCUCUGGAAACUGCAGAAACAGUUUCUUCUGCAGAGGUACUGUGCAAGGGCAGUGAUGCCAGUAUUCGGAUGUCUGUAUCUCCACAAAGUGGGAUGAGGAGGCAGUCAAGUGGCUCUGAUGAAUCCAUUAUGUUAUCACAAGGUGACACACCAUCAGAGCAAAGCGAUCUGGAGGGCCGAGUUUGUGCUUUAAGAGAGCAGCUAAGAAGACGUGAACUGGAAGCUGAGCAAUUAAAGAAACUGCAGAGGAAGAAAGCUCGUAGGGAGGAACUGAAAGCUACGGAGCAGUCUUUACUGAAACAGAUACAGGCACUUGAUUCAUACAUCAAUCGAAUAAAAGAACAACUGAAGCAAAAUUUCAACACAUCCCCCUUACUUGCUGUCAAACCUAAGAUAAAACAGCCCCGUGUCCAGACUGAACAAAUCUCCAAGCAUAUUUUGGGUAGAACUAAGGAAAAGUCAGAACCAUGUAAACAGACUGAACGAAAAUCCAACCAGGUGUUGGACAAAGUUGAAUAUGAAUCCCCACUAGAUGAUAGUUCUCAAAAGUCAAUAUCAAAUGGCCUAAGCACUGAGAUUCCAACUGUGAUUUCAGAACAGACAGCUAACUCUGUAAAAUUUCUGCCAGAAGAUACUAAUAGCAUCACAUUCGGGGAAGCACGCACUUCUGAAGAUGAUAACCGUCAGGAUGAUAUUGUUUCUGUCUCAGGCUCUUAUGAGAGGACAGAGGGUCCUGACUCCACUGAAGAUUAUAUAUCUCAAGAGAAAAAUAGCUACUCCAAGAACAAGAAUGCCAUUAUAAAGACAUCUUCCAUGAAGGAAAUCAGUUCCUUAAGCUCAGAACAGCAAUGUUCAGGUUAUGUAAAACACACAAAAAGUGACCAGUCUUUUUCAGCAACAGAGUUGAAUGAUGGAGAGUCCAUAAUUCCUACCAUGCUUGCCUCAGGCGAUGAUUUUGUUGAAGAGGACAGAGAGAUUUCUGAAAUUUUGGUGAACAGCACUUUUGAUAUGAUUAAUGCAGAAGUUUCAUCAACACAGCAAUGUAAGGGUUCUAAAAAUGACUACACACAAGAGUCUUGUGUUUCCUCGUCCUUCAAGCCUCUUGAGAACUCAGCUGAAGCUAAGUCAAAUAGCUUGUUCUCAGAGAGGUCAGACAGUUCUCUCAAUAAUGUUGUCCCCCACAGGACUGUCUCAAAAUCGUGUACAUCAGCUACUAUAAAUGAAGAAUUAUCUGAAAUUGAAGAGACAUCCGUGAGUGUGCAACAGCUGUCAGACACCACAGAAGUGCAGAAAGCUUCAUCAGCUGAUAGUAUACAACAUGAAAUUUCAUCAAAAUCGGACUUAGAAUCUGAGAAUGUAGUAAAUGUCACAGAUUUAGUGUGUGCAUCACAAAAUGUAGGUGAUACAUUCUGUAUCCUUACAUCUGACGUAAAAGUAAUGAAAGCAUCACCUAGUAUUUUGGCAGCUGGAGAAGAAAAAAGAGAGGAUUCUACACAGGAACUGCUAUUAUCUACAGAAAGUCGGAAUCAACCAUCAGAGAAAGAACUAUCUGAGGAGUCUGUAUUGAAUGUCUAUUCACAUACCAAUCAGGGCAGAGAUGGGAUAGAGUUCUGCCACAGUGCAGAUGAUAGCAUCAGCAUGGAGAGCCAUCCUAUGUCUGUGCAGUUGAGCUCAACAUUUGUUGUUGAACAUGAGGAGCAUACACCAGAAGCCCAAACAGUAGAGCAGUCUAAAAUAACUGUUGCCUCUGAAAAGAAUGAGAACAGGAUGCAAAAACUAAAGCUUGUUGACAGCAUUACUGAAUCAAUAAUGCUGCAACUUCUGAAGGACUCAUUUGUAUCACCUAGCAUUAAACUGAAAGAAUGCGGAGAAGUACCAGAUGGUAAUGCAUCAAGAGAAACAGUUUUAUCAUAUGCACAUAAAUCCAAUGAGACCACCAAACCAGAGGUUGGUGUAAUAAGUGAAAUUCAAUGUGAUUCAAGAACUGUUAUCCUAUAUGAAGCUGAGAAGCAAGAGAAUCUUGCCAUUGAAAAACAACCUCACACAAUAAAUGAUAUCUGCAUUGGUAAUACUACUUUCAUCAUUGAUGAGUCUAGUAAGUCUGAGAAAAAUACUUCGGUACUGGUGGAUGAGAUGCUAAAUCACUUUCUAGACAAUGCUACCAGUGAUGUACUUACCAUAUACAAUGCAAAAAUAUCAAACUCUGACAGACUGUGUGUGCCUUCUGAAGAUUCUAAACAAAGCCCAUUUAUCAAAAUAUUGGAAUCACGCAAUAAUAGUGAGCUUAGUCCACCAGAUCGUGAUUCUAUUUGCAAGCCCUCAGAAAUUAUAAAUGUCACAUUGAAAAACAAUAAUACCCAUCUCUCAGUUGAUGAUAUGAUAAAUGAUGAUGUAGUGAAAGACUCAUUUCACAAUUCGAAAAAAAUUAAUGUUAUAGAAAAUGAAAUGCAAGAUAUGAUAUCAUUUACUUCCCCAGAUAGUAGAAAAGUUCAAGAACUUUCUGUGGAAGAUGUAUUGAAGCCUUUUUCGGAACAUUCUACUUGUGAGAAAUUGAUGACCAGAACUGAUCGCGAACAACCACAUGAAAACAGAAGUGAUGUCUCUUCAGGAAGCCUCAUUACAGAUGAGGGCGACAGUCUACUGCACCAUGGACUUACAACAGCAGCUGAAGUGGUGAUGUCUGAGGAACAUCUAGAAAAUGGCUGUAAGUCAAAAGUUGGUACCCAAAAUGGAAACAAGUUGAAGGACAUCAGUCAUCUCCAAAAGGUGGAGGUAAGGGGCAAACAGACACUCAACAAUGAGACCUUUCCUCCAGGCUGGUUUGAUGAAGACUUGGAUCUCAGCAACAGCUGGCGUGAAGCUGAGCAAUUACGUUUGCAACAGCUUCACAUUGAGCAAGAGAUACGGCGGUUGGAAGAACAGCAGCAUCAGCAACAAGCACUGGUUCUGGUCCGUGAAAUUCCAGACAAGCCUCCACCACCGUACACACCACGUGGUACCACACUGCUGUCAUCUUCGGUGCUUUGUCCACCACCAGCAAUUGGUGCUUCAGCACCCCGUCACCGUCUUAUAGAACUCGUGGCUGAGGCAACUCCACUGCUCAUUUCCACUGGUACACUGCCCAUGCUGCCUCCGGAAGACUUUUGUACCGGCUACAAUCCUUCCAUCCGCAAGUUCAUCUUUGACCUCAGUAGCAGUCUUGUCAAUGAGGCUGUCAGCGUCCCAUGUACAGAUGAUGAGUAUGGUGAAGAGACUCCUCGACAACAGAUGACAGUGAAGCGAAGUCAGGAAGCAGUGCGAGCACACGUGACACGGAGGGCAACAGCCCUUCUAGAUGGUUGUGCUGGUGCAGGAUCAGGCUCUGCCGGCAAACUCAGGCGCUUGGCUGUAGGACCACGAUGGCGACGACGUGACCAUGUUGAUGAGUUGCUUGUACGUGAGGCACGUGACGAAGAACCUGGUUGGAUUGACUACCGGCGUGAUGAAGCACAGUUGCGCAAUGAGACAGUAUGUGCAUUGCUGCAUGAUUUGCUCGAUGAUACUGUGACUGCUAUUACAACGGCCAUUGCAAGACGCAUGGCUCCCAAGACAACAGGUGUGAUGUGAUUAUGUCAUCAUCUUACGUGGGACUUCUGCCACUAACUUGCUGCAGAUAUUCUCCAAAGUUCCAGCACAUUGAAAAGUGAAGACCAUAAAGAUACUGGAACCUUUUCUUUCUCCAGGAACAUGACUUCAGUGUGCUCUAAUUUGAUGGUAUAGUUUAAAAAUGUUUUAUGGCACAUUCACAGUUUGUCAUUUAUUGUAUAAGGCAGUUGCUCAGCAUACCCGUCCACUCUCUUUGAAUUCCACAAAGCAAGCUUUAAGACACAGCUAAUUCCACAAUACUCAGGUGCACAUGUGAGACUGAUUAUAUUUUUUUACCUAAUUUAUCAAGACAUUUUAAUAAAUUCUCAGAUUACUUAGAAAAAUUUUGGUGUUGAAUUGGACAGCUUUAAGUUUAUAGGAAUAAACAGAGUGAAAUUUGUACUUAAAUGCAGGAAAAGCAACUAGAACUCCAGUGUCAGUAUGAGCUUGUGUGUGUGUGUGUGUGUGUGUGUGUGUGUGUGUGUGUGUGUGUGUGUGUGCGUGCGUGCGUGCGUGCGUGCGUGCGUGCGUGCACGCGCGCGCUUGCACUUGUGAGCACGUGUUUUUUCAUAUUUUUGUUAAGUAACUCUUGGUGCCUCGGACUGCAAUUAGUAGCCGUUUUAUUCAUCUUUAUUUAUUUUAAUAUCUGAUUUGAACUUGUUAAUUGAUGGCAGUUAUUUUAAUUAUUCAUUUUGUUAAUGAAAUUAUCCUUCACCCAGACUACUCCAAGGAACAAAUUAAACUGAGUUUUAUUUAAUUCUGUGGGGUUAUAUUGUAUACAGUAAACGUGUAAUACAGAACACGUCAAAAACAGAAAACGUUCAUCAGCAUUAUUUCCUAAGGAGCAACCAUUUUGAUUACAAAGUCUAACAUCCUUGAUUAUAAAGAACAGAGACAUAAACAUCAUUUAAAUAAAAAUAAGUCUUUCAAGAAUAGAAAGCUCCAAGUGAAUAAAAACUUCAUAUCAUUAUGACUAGUAAUAAAUAGUUAUGAUUUAACCAAUGAGAAAAAGAAAAAAGCAUAUACACACUUUUUGUUGUUAGUUGUGUAUGAUGUCUUUUACUUUGUGAAAUUUUUGUUUACUUAUGCUUCUGAAUGAACCUUCUGUGUCCCCACUUUCUCAACUCUGGUUCGUUUCUAUUUUUCUUACUUGAUACUUUCAUUUGAGAUUUCUAGGUGGAUGCUGCAUGUUCUUGACAUCGGUCUGACAGUAAUCGUGUGUUUAGCUUAGAUAACGUAAUGUGUCUUACCUAUGUUUUACAAAGAGUGUUAAGCAAUAUAUUUGCCAUAACUCUGUCUUUUUUUUAUAUUCUCUGUUGUCAGACAACUGUAGUUUCCAUUUUUAACAAUGCUGAUAACAUUUGUUAAACUAUAAUUGACACAACCACAGACAUUAUCUAAAAUUAAAUUGUAUUUCAGAUAGUAAAUGAUGAAACAUUAUGUAUCAUACCAAACUAUGAUUAUAGAUAUAUAUUUUCAUAGUAAUGUUUAUUCCAGAAAAGUGUAAGCAGUUGUAAUAAUCUUUGUAAAAUACAAUGUUUUUAUAGUGUUAAUACCAUGAACAGAUUGUAAAAAUGUUAUUUUCAUGUACAGUUUUUGAUAAUAAAUUAUAAAAUAAA